GACCAUUGGCCGGCAGCGAUGACGACGUCUAGGGGCGGAGACAGCAAGAGAGAGAGAGAGAGAGAGAGAGCGGGCGCGCGGGCAAAAGGUUCACGGGAAGAAGGACGUUGCUUGGAUACAGAGUCACGUAGGAAUUAAAAUGAGUAAACGAAAAUUGAAGGAGGAUAGCUUCACAAAUGGCGAAUGUAUUUCAAAGGUACAAAAAAUACUGCGUGAAAGGUUUUGUCAUCCAAGUCCAAAUGAAAAGUUGUUUGGAAUUGAGCCUCAGUACAAGCAAUUACUUGAGUUGUUAAAACGAACAGCUAUUCAGGGUGAAAGCAACUCUGUACUCAUCAUUGGACCCCGAGGCUCAGGAAAAACUCUGUUAACAUGCCAUGUCUUAAACAAACUCAUGGAAAUUAAACAAGUCAAGGACAACACUUUGUAUGUUCAUUUAAAUGGUUUGUUACAGACCAAUGAUAAAAUUGCUCUUAAGGAGAUUACAAGACAGCUGAAUCUGGAAAAUGUGGUUGGAGAUAAAGUGUUUAUGUGCCUUGGAUUCUUCCAUUGGUCCAUUCCCAUUCUCUGCCAGGGUAGUUUUGCAGAAAAUCUCACAUUUCUUCUAGAAGCAUUAAAAAGAGGUGACCGUGCCCACAGUUGUCCAGUUCUGUUUGUCUUAGAUGAAUUUGACCUGUUCGUUCAUCAUAGGAACCAAACUUUGCUCUAUAACCUUUUCGAUGUAUCGCAGUCAGCACAAACUCCUAUAGCUGUCAUUGGUCUUACUUGUAGAUUGGAUAUUCUAGAACUCUUGGAGAAGAGAGUAAAGUCAAGAUUUUCCCACCGGCAAAUACACUUAGUGAAUUCUUUUGAUUUCAAAAAAUAUCUGAACAUUUGUAAAGAACAGCUAUCCCUUCCUCCAGAGUUUCCAGAAAAGCAAUUUUCUCAAAAAUGGAACAAGAAUAUAGAGUCUGCCUUAGAACACCCAAGUGUGCAAAAUGUACUGCAAAAUCAAUUCCAUUACAGUAAAGACCUGCGGAGUCUCUCCAUGUUGUUGAUGCUCGCUUUAAAUAAUAUAACCAUAUCUCACCCAUAUAUGACUUCAUCAGACUUUCUGGAGGCAAGCAGACUUUGUAGAAUGAACUCCAAAGCAAACAUUGUACAUGGUCUUUCUGUGCUGGAAUUCUGUCUCAUAAUAGCUAUGAAACAUCUGAACGACACUUAUGAUGGCGAACCUUUUAAUUUUCAGAUGGUUUAUAAUGAGUAUCAGAUGUUUGUUCAGAGGAAGGCCCAUACUGUGUACAGUUUUGAGAAGCCUGUUGUUAUGAAGGCUUUUGAACACUUGCAGCAUCUUGAGUUGAUAAAACCUGUGGAAGGGACAUCUAAUUGUGCACAGCGAGAAUACUUGCUAAUGAAAUUGCUUUUGGACAACAGCGAAAUUAUGGAUGCUUUGCAGCUCUAUCCAAAUUGCCCAACAGAUGUUAAACAGUGGGCUACGUCUUCAAUAAAUUGAGGAACUGCUACACACCUUGAAUAGUCAUUCUCCAAUGUGUAAAACACACCAGAGAGUGAAUCAUGUCAUUCUCAAAGUGCUUGAGGAUUUUGGAGAUUUGGAUCUCAGAAAAGUGACAGAUCAGGACUCAAUAUUGUUCGUGGAAAGCCACCCUAGAAAUUACAGCUUAUUUUUCUUUAGUUGUUUAUUGUAUACUAUUAAAACAUUAUAGAACUUUUUUACUCUAAUAAAUAAUUUUAAUCUAAACAAGAAAAUGAAACUUGUCAGUUUUUUCUUUGUUCUAAAUAAAGUAGUUACAUUUA